CCCGUUAGCAUAAUGCUGGUUGCUACAUCUUAAAGCUAACACCCUGCGUACUACCAUGUGCGCGCUCUUUACUCAUUUUCCGCACCGUUUCCACCCCAAACAUUUAAAGUGAAUGAACAGAUUGUCGGCGUCUACAUCCCGCCCGUCCACAAGACCCGUCGCGUCGGCAUCGGACAGUGACCAUGGAGGAGCAGGCCAGCAACGGGACGGAAUCGCUGACCAUGACGGUCCCAACGACCCUCACAGCCUCGCAGAUCUCCCAGAUAGCCCAGCAGAUGUCCCUGGGUAACACCCCUGUGACGGUGGUGCAGCUACCGGGAGGGCAGUUCCAGGUUCAGGGUGUGAUCCAGUCGGCCCAGUCCUCCGUCAUCCAGUCUCCCCAGGCCCAGAAUGCACAGGGCUCUGACUCUGACGACUCGGACUCUGACGACAGCGAGACUGCAGGCCAGAGGACCCGAGAGGUCCUGGCCCGGCGGCCAUCUUACAGGAAGAUCCUGAAUGACCUGUCGGGGGAGGAGGUGGGGAAGGAGACCUCCACCACGGUGACGGGCAUCAUGCCCUCGUCCACGCCCAUCUACCAGACCAGCUCCGGACAGUACAUAACCAUCGCCGCCAACGGCACGAUCCAGCUGGCGAACCCCGGCUCCGACGGUCUCCAGGGCCUGCAGGCGCUCACCAUGACCACGGCGGCCUCGGCCCAGCAGGGGACCACCAUCCUGCAGUACGCCCAGACCUCCGAUGGCCAACAGAUACUGGUGCCUAGCAACCAGGUGGUCGUACAAGGUGUGCAAGACAUGUUGUAUUGCGCCGGAGGAGAGAUGCAGACGUACCAGAUCCACACCCCCGCCCAGAGCUCCCUGGGCCAGACGGUGGUGAUGAGCUCCCCGGUCAGCAUGUCGUCCCACACCAAGAGCGACGACCCCACCAUGAAGAGGGAGAUACGGCUCGCAAAAAACAGAGAGGCCGCACGGGAAUGCCGGCGCAAGAAAAAGGAAUACGUGAAAUGUCUGGAAAACCGCGUGGCGGUUCUGGAGAACCAGAACAAGACUCUGAUCGAGGAACUGAAAACAUUAAAGGACCUGUAUUGUGUGAAGACAGGAUAGCGUUCCGGGAUAGCGUUCCGAAACGUUCCCGGCGCGGGACUAGGAUGGCCGCUCCCGUCAGAUAUCAUGUGCUUAUCUGGGAAAACCGGCUUAUUUUAUAUCUCGAUAUUCCGUUUUUUCUUUUUUAUUGAUAGUGAUACAAGUUUUGCAUUACGAUAUAAAAAAAUGAAAUGGACUGUUUUAACCUGCUGUUUUUAUCGAGCUAACAUAUUUGCUAUGCUAAGUCAUUUCUACUUGUGUAUAUUCUGAGUAAAGCAAAUGUUAAAUUGUGAUUUUUAUUACUGACACUUUCUAAUUGUCUCUUUUGCUUCCCACAAUAUUGCGUAUUAUUUUUUUUCUUGCAAAAGCAAUGGCUCUUUUCCACUUGUUACAGCAUCCCGAGGAUUUUUUGUUCACAUAACGUGACUGUACCAACCUUACCAACCGACCCCAUUCCCUUGGUAAUAAAUGUUACAACUGUCAUUCUUUCUUUUGUGCAGAAGAACAUAAAGGGCAUUAGACCAGAGGAUCGAUCUGUGUUGAUUUAAUUUGGCUGUUACUUAGACAAUCAGGGAAAAGCACAACUGUCCAGGUAAUAUUUAUUUUGUUUCCUUUUGUGUUUUGUUCCAGUGAGGUUAAAAAAGCAAACGAUGACUUUCCGAUCCUGUAAGCAAAUAAAAUAUAUUUUCUGUCAAAUAG